CCUGACGUUUGUGCUGUUUGGAAAGCUGUGUAAAACACGUUUCUUGCCGAAGCCCUUUUUUGUUCAUCUUAAACAACAUAUUAAAAGCCAUUUAAAAUGAAGAUAUUCUGGAUUGGUUCACUGCUCCUGAGUCUGUUCGUGUGGAUACCUGUUACGUUUUCGGCUUCUUCAGAAGGUCCUGAGGAUCAGGACACAUCAGGAGAUGAUGAAUCCUCAGGAUCAGGAUCAGGAUCAGGAUCAGGAUCAGGAUCAGGAUUGGCAGAAUAUGAACCUGCCUGGGUUACAGAUGCCCCUAUGAUACCAACAGAACAAAGUACCAGAAUUCCAGUCACAAUAGGCUCAUAUUCACACUACACAUCAGUUUCUCAAAGCAUACGGAGGGAAGCCACAGCUGUUAGUCUUAUGGGCCCAGAAGAGACAACCACUGUUUUCAAGAAAGGGUUUGCAUCUACUGUAGUAGAGGACUACACACAAAAAAAAGAUGUUAAAGAUGACAACAGACCUACGACAGACCUAAAACUCAAUGACCAAAUAACCAGUGUUCCUCGAAGGAAGACCACUACUGUGCAGACAACAGGAACAACAGAUGUGACAAAUCUUACAACUGAAGUUACUGCAAAAAACACGACACAUCUUACGACUGCAGAAGACAAAAAUAACAUUUUUGAAAAUGAUAUUAAAUCAAAAUCAGCUAAUGUUCAGAAUUCAGAUAUGGAUGCUGACUUUCACUUUGACAAAGAAAUGAAGACCAGAGGAGUCGAGCCUGCUCAUGAUCAUGAAACAGCAGCAGGUUUCUCAUCAGGGAACCUACUGGAGAGGAAGGAGGUUCUUGCAGGUAUCGUAGCUGGUGGUGUUGUGGGUCUAAUGUUGGCUGUCAUGCUGGUCUCCCUAAUGAUUUAUAGAAUGAAGAAAAAAGAUGAGGGUAGCUAUGCAUUAGAAGAACACAGACAUGUUGGCUAUAUGAAACCUCAGAAACACAUGGAGUUCUUGGCCUAAAAGAUUCAACAAUCAAAAAAUGAAAAUGAUUUGGUAAUUCACUCAUCCUCAGAUCAUUCCAAACCUUUAUAUAUAGUUGUGGUCAAACUUUUAUAUACACUUUGCAGAAUCUGAAAAAUGUUGAUAAUUUAAAAAAUUGGAAUUCAGGAAAUGUUUGUAUCCUUUAUAACAUUGUACAGUUACUUGAUUGUCCUCAGUGUGAAAAUGUUGGAAAAACAGACUGUGCGGGACCUGGAGGAUUGUAUUGGAGACCUGUGGACAGAUUAUUGGGUCAGGACACAAAAAAGCCUUUAAAACCACAAAACUGUCAUUAAUAGGUUUCACUUUCACAGAAACGUUUUCCUUGAUGUUUUGUCGGGUGUCAUGUACAUGUUGAUCGGAUGUUCUGGUACCAGUGUGUAUACAUUGAAUUCACUUUAAGUCACUAUUUAAGUCAAAUGCAUAGGCUUAUAAAAGCAGAUUUCAUUCAUUUUAUAUAAAUGCAGUGGGUUAGUGACUAUAUGAAGUUCACACAUUUACACCCUUUAAACGAACAAGCAAGAUUGCUGUUUUCUUUAAGACAGCUAGAGGGCACUUAACAUAACUACAUGCUGUCAUAUGCUGCUGGCACAAAUUACCCAUAAACAUAAGAAAAAAGCAUAAAAAAAUGACCAAAACAGACUGAAUUUUUUUGUAAUGUCUAUGCAUUUCUCUCAAAACAUCACUCUUAAUGUUAUUGGUAUACAAAAUUUGUUUCUGUUAAAUAUUUCCUUCAUUUCGGUCUUUGCUUUUAAUUGAAAUUUUGUUUAAUGUGACCACACCAAACACAUUCUAAAAAGUAUUCGUUUUAGCAUACCCUUAGCAUAAGAGAAUUACCAAAACAGACUGGAUUUUUUGUAAUGUGACCAAAUUGAGAAUUAUUUAUGUUUAAAUAAGAUCUCUUUGAUCCUUGCUCAUUUCUCUCACUACAUCACUCUUAAUGUUAUUGGUAUACAAAAUUGUUUCUGUUACAUAUUUGUUUCAUUUCUUUGUUUGCUUUUAAUUGAAUUCUUUGUUAAAUGUGACCACAGCAAACAUGUUCUUAAAAGAAAUUUAAGCACAAGUUUCAAAUACAAGCGUGGUGCAGCCUUGGUUGUACAGUAUUCGAUGCAUGUAGAGAAAAAAAUCUUAUUAAGGUAACAAAGCCUUUUUUUAUUAGUCCACACUUCCAAGUUUUCAUAUAUAUUUUUUUAUUAUGUCGGGAAAAAGCUUGUCAAAUCUUUGGAACCUGUUAGACAAAAUGAAAGUGUUAACGUUUUGUGUAUAUAAUACAGAAAAUGUUUUUAAAUAAAUAGAAAAACAACUGUCA